GGGAUCCAGGAAGACCUUUCUUGCAUUCCAAGAGAAUUGGUCGAACUUCAUCUGAAACUGAUGAGAAAGAUUGGAAAAUCUGUCACAGCGGACCGAUGGGAAAAAUACUUAAUCAAGAUGUGUCAAGACUUCAACAGCACCUGGGCUUGGGAGAUGGAGAAAAAAGGAUAUCUUGAAAUGAGCACCGAAUGCAAAUUGGGAAUAUUGAAGUACCUUUGUGAAUGCCAGUUUGAUGACAAUCUAAAGUUUAAGAAUAUCAUUAAUGAGGAAGAUGCCGAUGCCAUGCGUCUUCAGCCACUUGGCCGAGACAAAGAUGGUUUGACCUACUGGUACCAGCUGGACCAAGAGCAUAAUGUUAGAAUGUAUGUGGAAGAGCAGGAUGAUCAAGAUGGGUCUUCAUGGAAGUGCAUUGUCAGAAGCCGAAAUGAGCUGGCUGAAACUCUUGAGCUCCUGAAAGCGCAAAUUGACCCUGCACUGUUGAAAAACCAGCAACAGGAUAACUUGUCACGAGAGAGUCCUAGUACUGAAGAUGAAGAGGCCAAAAAAGGGGAAGACACCGCAGUCCAAGAAAAUGAAUUAAAGGUGAAGGAAGAAAAACUACCAGAAGAACUGCCGAAGCCAUGUGAAAACCUUCCACCUCCUCAAGUUCCAGAAGAGGAAAACAAGAUUAAAGUAGAACAAGUGGAAGAGAGAGAAAUCAUAAAGCUCCCCGUUAUCGUAAAACUAGAAAAACCUUUGGAGAACAACGGGGAAGCACAAACUACCAAAGAUGAAAAUGACUCUUUUAAAGAAAACGUUAAGCCCGAUAAAACAGAAGGGAAGGAGUAUAAGCUGGAGCCAAAAGAUUCAAGAGAGGUAAAUAGCAACACAGAGAAAGCAGUCCAUGAGCCUGAGAGGAUAGAGUUCUGUGUCAGCGUCAAAACUCCCCAAGAUGUUGUGGAAAGAACAGCGGAAGAGAACGAGAAACUUAAAAAUGACCAGCAGGCAAAGAUCCCACUCAAAAAGCGAGAGAUCAAGCUGACGGAUGAUUAUGACAGCCCCAUAAAAGGUCCCUUACGCAAAUGUAUAACUCCAACCAAAGAGGUUUUGAAGGAGGAAGGGGGCAAACCUGAAGAGGAGACCUUUAAGAGAGUUCCUACAAUCACUGAUGGGAAAUUCCUAGUAAAUGGGGAAAUUAGUAGUGAGAAAAUCAUGCCAAAUAACAAAUUGGAUCAUUCCUCUUGCCCAAAGGAAGAUGCUUCCAGCCUGCCUAAGGAGAAAAAUGGCCUUGGGGAGGAACGAGUACAAGAGGGUAUUAGCACAAUAGUAAGAACCAGUGAUGUUGAGAGGUGUAUUAUGCAUCCAGGGAAGGAGGCUGUUGGUGUGAUCGUGCCUUUAAAGGAGGAAACCAGCCCAAAAGGGAACGAAAACCAGCUUGAGAUGAAGAAGACAGAUGAUCCUCCUAAGAAGCUUGAAGACUCUCUUAAAGCAAACGAUAGCCUGAUGCUUUCCAAGGAGAGCUUGGAAAAAUCCACCAAGCUACCAUCCCCUAAAGAGUUGACUGUUGCUUCCGAGGCUGAUGAUUUGAAAAAUACAGGUCCUUCAGAGGAGAAAACAGAAUUAGCCAGGCCAGAUGCAACUCCAUCAUCUGUUUCAGCCCUUUUGUCUAAGAAACCUGUGGUGGAGAAAGAAGACUCUGAUUCCAGAAGCACUCUCCCUGUCAAGAAACAAGCGUACGAGGAGCAGGAGGCUAAAACACACAAGGACUCUGAAUCUGAAGAGAGAGAGCUGCCAACAAUAGGUGACAUCCCAAGCUCCAUCAAGGAAUCUUCUGAGGUGAAAAAAGACUCUGUAAAAAGCAAGUGUAAAUAUAAGCUGAUUUCAGAAGAAGAAAGUUCUCUGACAGAGAACAGGGAAAUAACCUCUGAGAGGCAGAAAGAUGGGAUUAAGCUCACAAUCCGAAUCUCCAGUAGGAAGAAAACGGAUCCUCUUCCUGCAAAGUCUCUGAAUGCAGCUGCUGGAAAGGAGGAGGAAGUUGUGAACGUUGGUCGCAUUUUAAGGAGGUCCCCCCGGAUAUCUAAACCUACCCCCAAGAUAGUAGAGACCCGAGAUCAGAAAACCGAGAAGAAACGAAGUGAGGAAGAGGAGGAAAAGGUGGCUUCCAUGCAAAAACAGGAUAAGAAAGAAGAAUCAAAAAAGCAAGAGAAGGAGAUGAAUUCUAAAACCCACAAGGCUUCCCGGCGAAGUAAAGUUCGAUGGGCUGGUACCCGAACUCGUGGCAGAUGGAGAUACUCAAGCAAUGAUGAGAGUGAAGGUUCUGAGAAUGAAGAAGAGGAGGAGGAAGAGGAGGAGGAGGAAGAGGAGGAGGAGGAAGAAGAGGAGGAAGAACCUGCACCUGCGGAUGAUGAUGAACCUUGCAAGAAGUGUGGCCUUCCUAAUCACCCAGAGCUAAUUCUUCUGUGCGAUUCCUGUGACAGCGGCUACCACACGGCGUGUCUCCGACCCCCACUGAUGAUCAUUCCAGAUGGCGAGUGGUUCUGCCCACCUUGUCAACAUAAAUUGCUCUGUGAGAAGUUAGAAGAACAGCUACAGGACCUCGAUGUUGUCUUGAAAAAGAAAGAACGUGCAGAACGAAGGAAGGAACGCCUUGUCUAUGUCGGUAUUAGUAUCGAGAAUAUCAUUCCUCCACGGGAGCCUGAAAUCCCUGAACCUGUGGAUGAAAAGAAGAAAGAUUCCAAAAAAUCAAAAGCAAAACUGCUUGAAAGGAGGUCAACCAGGCAGCGGAAGUGUAUCAGCUACAGGUUUGAUGAAUUUGACGAGGCCAUUGAUGAAGCCAUAGAAGAUGACAUCAAGGAGGCUGAUGGAGGAGGUGGUGGAAGAGGGAAGGAUAUGUCUAACAUCACAGGGCAUCGAGGCAAGGACAUUUCCACCAUCCUGGAGGAAGAAAGAAAGGAGAGCAAGCGGCCUCCAAGAGCUGCUGCCAUCCGCCGCAAGAAACGGCGGCGACUGAAUGACCUGGACAGUGACAGCAACCUGGAUGAAGAAGAGAGUGAAGAUGAGUUCAGAAUCAGCGAAGGAUCUCAGGAUGAGUUUGUGGUAUCAGAUGAUAACCUCGAUGAAAGUGAAGAGGAUCAGCCAUCAAAUGACGACAGCGAUGCAGAGUUCUCCCAGCGUAGGCCGAGACAGCACCAUCCUAGGCCUAUGAGGCAAAGCAGACGGCUACAGAGAAAAACGAUCAAGAAAAGGUACUCAGAAGAUGAUGAAGAGGAAGACUCUGAGGAUAACUUAAGUGGUGACUCUGAAACAGAUGCUUCUUCAGAAUACAGCGAUGAGGAUUAUUUGGAAACAAGACGAAGAUCUCGGCGGAAUCAGAAGAGACAAGUAAACUACAAGGAGGAUUCGGAAAGUGAGGGCUCUCAGAAAAGCUUCCGAUACGGGAAGGAGCUGAGAAGAAUACAUAAGCGCAGGCUUUCCAGUUCAGACAGCGAAGAGAGCUACACGGCUAAAAAUUCUGAGGACGACCAACCUGCCCCGCUGUCCAAAAGAUCGGUCCGGAAGCGUAGCCACACCACAGAUGAGUACUCGGAAGGCGAGGAGGACAACGAGGAGGGGCGGCCGAUCCGCAAGCGUGUGAAUCGUAUUGAAACGGACGAGGAAGACAACUGCGCCAACACCAACACCAACGUAAGCAAGCUGGUGCCCGCUAAUAAGCCCUUUGUCUCUCCUGCUCCACAAGACACCACCAAGAAGCCCUGCUACCGGAUAGAAAGCGACGAGGAAGAUGACUUUGACAAUGUGGGGAAGGUAGAAAGCCCGUUGGACUACAGCCUGGUGGAUUUGCCGUCCACCAACGGACAGAGCCCCGGGAAAACAAUCGAGAAUUUGAUUGGUAAGCCCAGUGAGAAGGCCCCCUCCUCCAAGGACAGCACAGCCAAUGCCAGCUUGGCAUCCAAUGGGACAGGUGGUGGCCCGGAGGCAGGGGGACCGGAGGAAGAUGAAGACGAACUCUUGCGAGUGACUGACCUUGUGGAUUACGUCUGUAACAGUGAACAGUUAUAAGACUUCCAUUUUUGUGCUAAUUUAUUCCACGGUAGCUCAUACCAGCGGGCCAGUUAUUAAAAGGUGUUUUAUUUUUCCUAGAAAACUCCACUACAGUAUCACUUUUUAGCAGUCAAAAUUUCACCAGUCCUGCAGUUUUGGGGUAUUUUUUUUUUCCUUCCCCUGCCCCCCAACCCAAGCGACCAGGUUUUUUGUUCUCUUUCUUUCUGCAACUCUUUUUUGAAGUGAAUCGCCCAGGCUUUCCCUCACCUCCUCGUCAUUCAGUUCCAUAAUUCUGGAAAAAAAAAAAAAUCAUCCACAUGCAGAGCUUGUAGUAAAGGAGAGAUUUGUAUAUUUUUGACUCUAUAUUUCCUGAGCGUGCACAAACUUGUUAGGGGAGUGGGAUGGUUGAACAAAAGCAUUCCAAGUUGGCCAGGGCCCAAAAUCUAAACUUUGGGGGGGAGGAGGGACAAGGGGUGGGGGGUACAGAAGCACUUGUGCUCCAACUUUUUUCAUAGGAGAUAUAUAUUCUAUUUAAAUGUUCACAACUUAGAUUACAAUUUAACAUGCAAUUUUAAGGGGAAGAAAUGAAUAUCUUUACUGUUGCAUUUUGUGGCUUGUAGGCUAACUUAACCUUAGUUGAUUUUAGUAAUUGCCUUCCUGAAAAGCAACUCUGACAAGAUCCUGAAUAUUAGCACAGUGGACAGAGAUGGAGGAAAUUCCACGGAAAAGAAGUUUUUUGCAUCGUCUUUUAAUUCAUGGUCUCCCCCUCCCCCCAAUAAACUUAUUUUAAAAGUGUUUCAUACAGUAAA